AUGGCUUACAUCCGUUUGUUUUCGGCUGACUCGGCACUUCUGCGCUCUACGACUCCAGAAUCAUCAACGAAAUUUGUCGUAUUAACUAACGCGCAAUGGCGGUGUGGUGUAGCUGCUGUUGUAUCGAAAACAGCUGCAGCUCCCAUUGAACGUGUCAAAUUGCUCGUACAAAACCAAGGCGAGAUGUUGAAACAAGGUACCAUUACUCGACCAUACACCGGUGUUAUCGAUUGUACAAUGCAAACCUUCCGAAAUGAAGGUUUGUUGCCAUUCUGGCGGGGAAACUUAGCCAACUGCAUUCGAUACUUUCCCACCCAAGCUUUGAAUUUCGCCUUCAAGGACAAAAUCAAAGCAAUGUUCAAACAAAAUAAGAACGAUCCAUACUUAGUCAAUUUUUCAAAAAAUAUUGCUAGUGGUGGUGUAGCCGGUGCAUUAUCAUUGUGCUUUGUCUACUCACUUGAUUAUGCUCGUACACGUUUGGCCAAUGACGUUAAAAGUACAAAGAAAGGCGGUGGUGAACGUAAAUACAACGGUCUCAUCGAUGUCUACAAAAAGACAAUGGCCACCGAUGGUAUUGCUGGUCUCUAUCGUGGUUUCGUCAUUUCAUGUGUCGGUAUCAUCAUCUACCGUGGUUGUUACUUCGGCUUUUAUGAUACUUUGAAACCAAUCUUACUUGGUCCAGAUGCCGGUAUCAUGCUUUCAUUCUUACUCGGUUAUGGUGUCACAGUUACAUCUGGCCUUAUCUCAUAUCCAGUCGAUACUAUUCGACGACGUAUGAUGAUGACAUCAGGCCAAGCUGUGAAAUACAAGGGAGCAUUGGAUUGCAUGUUUCAAAUUGUCCGCACUGAAGGUGUUAUCUCAUUGUUCAAAGGUGCUGGUGCCAAUAUUCUAAGAGGUAUCGCCGGUGCUGGUGUGUUGGCCGGUUUUGACUCACUUGUCCAACUCUAUGCUGGCGUCAAAGUUGAUACUAGCGGUGGUUAA